UGAAAAGAGUCGAGUUAUCACAGGUCGCGUGUUACAAUCAGAGAGAGCAGAACGUCUUUUCAAUACCGUUUCUUUUUAUCGGUUGUCUUUUAAAUUCAAUUGCGCAUUGAAGCCAACGUUUACGUCCUUCGAAGGGAGCUGCUGAUCUGUGGGCUUUUAAAAACCAAAACCACAAAAAAUAGGAAGGAAAUUGAUCAAAAUGUCAACUGAUUUCCUUGUCGUCUGUCUACUGUUAUUCAUCGCGUAUCCAGUGAGCGGCCACUUGGAGCCGGAAUUCGUGGACGCCGUCCAGAACAUCACGGUACCCGUCGGCCGGGACGUCAAGUUCUCCUGUCACGUCCGACACUUGGGCACCAGUUACAAAGUGGCAUGGAUUCACUUCGAACGAUCGGCUAUUUUAACAGUUCACAGCCAAGUGAUAACACGAAAUCCUCGGGUGGGAGUGUCACACGAGAAUCAUCGGAUGUGGCAUUUGCACCUUAAUGAUGUCCAGGAAACCGACAGGGGUCGCUAUCUUUGCCAAAUCAACACAGCCCAGGCCAAAACUCAAUCUGCUUAUUUGAAUAUCGUCGUCCCCCCGACGAUCGAAGACAGCGCUAGCAGCUCGGACGUGAUUGUGCGCGAAGGCAGCGACCUAAGCCUCACCUGUCAGGCUCGCGGGUCUCCAACGCCAUCGGUCAAGUGGCGCCGAGAGGACGGCCGCAAAAUCUCGACCAACAAGAGCUUCUCUAGCACGGAAGUGGAAGGCUCGAGCUUGGAACUGCAAAAAAUCAGUCGGCUGGAUAUGGGAGUCUACCUCUGCAUCGCCUCGAACGGUGUACCCCCAACGGUCAGCAAGAGGAUCUAUGUCAGCGUCGAUUUUCCGCCAAUGGUUUGGGUACCCCAACAGCUAGUGGGUUCUCCGCUGGGCGCAACUGUGACCAUCGAAUGUUGGCUGGAAGCUCAUCCGGCUGCGCUGCACUAUUGGGCACGACCAGACGGCCAGGUGCUUCACGAUCCCACCAAGUACAGGAUCGAAAGUAUUAACGGUGUGACGGCGGCAGUGCCGCAGCAGCACAUGAACGCCACCUGGCCAUCUUACACCGUCUCGUCCAACAACGGUUUUCACGACAAGAAGAAAAAUCUUGCUGCUGGUGAUGCCCCUUUUGCAACGCCCAACAUGAACCCAUCGUCUUACAUGACCCAUCUGAAAUUAACCAUUCGCCAUUUGACUGUGCGUGAUUACGGACCGUAUCGCUGUGUCGCCAAGAAUCCACGAGGAGAGACGGACGGAACCAUCAAGAUCUACCAAACUGAUCGGACGGGUCACCUGGUCAAAACAGUUCAGAGCACUGCGGACACAACCAAAAUUGAUAUUUUGACAAGCACAGAAUCGGCCGAAGACUUACAGACGGACAAGCAGGUAGCCCACGGCAAUAAUGGAGGGAUAAAAAACAUGAGUGAUGCACCACGUGAUUCCGGCACCAAUCCUCGUCCGAUAAGUCGUCAGACAGAAGCCUCAUCUUCAUGCCCAGGUGCAACACUUGUAACGUUAUGGUUACCUUUCUUGGCUGGAUUGGUAUCGCAGCUUUGCGUGCACUCAAUUUCCUCAUCGCUGGGUAGGUGAACCAGCGUUCCUCACCGAAUAGAAAGCUGCUGUUUGUCGAAUAAAAGUUCCUACACAAUAAUAAACCCGGUUAUGCCGAGUGGUGUGUUUGCUUCCCGGCAUCUCCUUUUGUUUUUUCAAUUUUUUUCAAAAAAUGAUGAUAUUCACAAAUCGCGGUGAUGAUUUAAGUGGAUCAAUAAGAAUCGGAAAGUAGAAAUGAUCGAUUUCGAUUUGCAUAUGAUGGUAUUCUAUUAUCGACCAUCGACUUCGCCAUUGCGUUUGACGGGAUGAAUAUCCACGCCCAAACUGAGAGCUACUACGGGGAUGUUGAAAAUACAGCAAGACAAAAUAGAUCCGUCAUCAUUGCAGCACUUCUACCUUCCUGUGGAUCUGCGGCAGCAAACGUUUUUGAUCCGCCCUUGUUACGGACUACACGAUCGCUGUUACAAGGCAACCAAUUAAGAGCUCUCAACAAUUUCUUUUUCUUUUUUACUGCACCGUCAUCUGAAUCCCCCUCUUCUACGUCUUUUUCAAAGAAUAUGCCAAACUUUAAGGAAGGCCGUUUUUUUCAGUUAUUGUUUCACUUUCCCCCCAUUAGGUUGUUAUUUUAACUUUUUUUGCUCAUCGUCGUUAUUCUUCCCUACUCUCUUUCACUGCAUCCAUAGUGUAUAUAUCUAUACAGAAUAUAUUCGAUUUUCCGGUUCAGAGAAAACGAGACGUUCCCUUCGCGUUUACGAUUUUUGGAGAAACACAUGUUGUCAUUGCCAUUUCCGUUGCCCGUCUACUCUUUGUUGAUAAAGUCUCUGUACUGUGCAUCAUCGUCGAAUACAUUGGCAACUGUCACAUCA